AUGCUGCGGGCGCGUCACCAAAGGUCCUUGGGAAGGUCCACGGGCUGGCCUGUCAGGUUGCGGAAGCUCGAACGUUACAACAAGGCCAACAUCUUCAAUAAGAUCCCUCCCGAGCUAGAGCUACUAGAGGCGGGAAGGUCUAGGAUGAAUUUUGCCCGGGCGGCGAUGGCGGUUGUUGAGACUAACGAGGAAGGGUUGUUCCGCCACAUCAUUUCGUUCCUAUGAAAAGGGCACGGCCUCUGUAUUGAUAGUAUGCUAUCGCCUAGGAACAUGGAGGAGAGCACCUGGAAAAUUGUAAGGGAGACCAACGGCUAGAUAUCAAUAAGCGAGAGCUACCAGGCAUGUCCUUGCAAGAUCUGAGUAGAGCUACGGUAAGGUGAUCGCGAUGGCUGGACGAGUAUCUUCGGCGUUGCCUGUCUGACGCUUUCCAGUUUUCAGCUGUAAUCAUGCUAAGAACCAUUGAAUCAACACCGUCCAACCGCUCAGAUACACGGCGAAUACUUUAACAAUAUCCGCAGCGGU